UUCAUUGCUAUGGCACAGAACGGGACUAUAGAGAACGGGGACUCUCGAAACACGUCCCCUCCACCUCUGCCUCAACCUGUGAAGAUCACUGAGAUCAAACACACUAAGAUUUUCAUCAAUAACGAAUGGCACACGUCGAGCAAAGGGAAGCAGUUUCCUACAAUCAACCCGGCAACAGGUGUCAAGAUCUGCGACAUCGAGGAGGCGGAUAAAGCUGAUGUGGAUGAGGCGGUGAAAGCUGCUAAAGCUGCGGGUCAGAGAGGCUCGGUGUGGCGGAGGAUGGACGCGUCGAGCCGCGGAAGGUUAUUAAACAGACUCGCCGAUCUGCUGGAGCGGGAGCGCGCCGUGCUCGCGACUUUAGAGUCGAAGGACACUGGCAAACCUUUCCUGCAUGCGUUCUUUGUCGAUCUGGACGGCAGCAUUAAGACCCUGAGAUAUUACGCCGGCUGGACAGACAAGAUUCAUGGGAAAACCAUGCCGGUCGAUGAAAACUUUGUGUGUUUUACCAAGCAUGAGCCCAUCGGUGUGUGCGGAGCUAUUAUUCCGUGGAAUUUCCCUCUGCUGAUGCUGAUGUGGAAGAUCGCUCCGGCUCUGGCCUGCGGGAACACAGUGGUCCUCAAACCGGCGGAGCAGACCCCGCUCACUGCUCUACACGUGGCUGCGCUCAUAAAGGAGGCUGGUUUUCCUCCUGGAGUUGUGAAUGUCGUUCCUGGAUUUGGACCGACGGCUGGAGCUGCGAUCGCUGGUCACAUGAACAUCGACAAACUGGCCUUCACUGGAUCCACAGAGGUUGGUCAGCUGGUGAAAGCAGCGGCGGCCAGCAGUAAUCUGAAGAGAGUCACUCUGGAGCUCGGAGGAAAAAACCCCUGCAUCGUGUUUGCAGACUCAGACCUGCAGCUGGCGGUGGAGGAGACACAGAAGGGGGCUUUCUUCAACCAGGGUCAGGCCUGCACCGCUGCAUCACGAGUCUAUGUCCAAGAGCCCGUUUAUGAGGAGUUUGUGCGUCUCAGUGUGGAAAGAGCCAAGAAUAUAGUGAUCGGAGACCCAAUGGAGCCACGCACAUCACACGGACCACAGAUCGACCAGCAUCAGUUUGAGAAGAUCCUGGCCUUGGUGGAUUCUGGGAAGAAGGAAGGGGCGAAGCUGGAGUUUGGUGGUUGUGCAGUAGAGGACAGAGGUCUGUUUAUUCAUCCCACCAUCUUCUCUGAUGUCAAAGACCACAUGCGAAUCGCUAAAGAAGAGAUCUUCGGGCCGGUUCAGUGCAUCAUGAAGUUUGAGUGUCAGCAGGAUGUGAUUGACAGGGCAAACAGCUCUCAGUUCGGCCUGACCGCAGCUGUGUUCACGCGGGACGUCCAGCGCGCCAUGAGUGUGUCUGCAGCUUUGGAGGCGGGAACCGUCUGGGUGAACUGCUACAACGCAUUACAUGCUCAAACUCCAUUUGGAGGAUACAAGAUGUCUGGAAACGGCCGAGAGCUGGGUGAAUAUGCAUUGGCGGAAUACACCGAGGUCAAAGCCAUCACUAUCAAACUCAGCGAGCAGCUCAGACUGUGAUCUGACAAACACCGCGGAUCGACACACUCUCGCUUCACAGUCACUCUGUUUAUUUCAUGUAGAUGUGCUGUACAGAUUUGAAAGAAAGCUCCUUUUAUGUGUAUUUAAUUUGAAUGUUUUAAUAUCGAGCAUAGUCAUACGUCAUCUCUCAAUAUUUACUAAUAUAAAGAUAUAUAUAUAUCCGUGUUGUGCUUUUGUAGGGUUUUUUGCUUUAGAUUCACAUGCAAAACAUUGUUGCUUGUUUUACAACAAAACACACGCAAGAUUUGCAUUUUUUGUUUGCUUUGAAUGUUUAAUUCUACCUAAACGUCUCGUGUCAUGGCAGCUAAGCGCAAACAUAUG